AUGUCGCAGCCGGAUCAGCAAAGGGAUGAGCAGACAUUGCCGACGUUGGGUGGGCUCCCUCAGCAGCAGGAAUGUGCUAGGCAAAUCAACGAAGGUGUUGCUGAGGCUGAACAGGAGCAAAAGCUCAUAAUCAAGAAAACCUUCUAUGAGCUGGUAGCUCCGGAGCCAGUCUCCUGUGGAAAGCGGGCUUUGUCUUGCCCACCGCCAGACACUGAAGACACCGAAGGCCUAGACCCGCCAACUCCAGCUCCUCCAACCACUCCCCGGAAAAGCCCACAGACUCACGAGGCACAUCAAGAGAUGAUGAAGAUGGCCAGCCAGACCAACUGGGCUUCGCAGGGGAAGCCUUGGUCAGCUGUGCCAAGUGCUGGCUCGCAAACGGUGGCCAUGCCGUCAGUGACGGCGGCUGCUCCUGCCCCAGACAAUGCACUAGCCGGCCCUGUGGUUGUUGGUUUGAUUCAUCGCCAGCUUUGCUGGAUGCCAGCUCCAGUAGAGGCUGCCAGAGACCGCAGUUUGUGUCCAAGUCCUCUGCACAGAGCAAGUAACCAACAGGUGUGGCUCAAGAACAUAUGCAAGCGCUACCUGAAAGGGUUUUGUUACCACGGUAAAGAUUGCUGGUGGGACCAUGUGAGCCUUGUCGAGCUCGAAGAGCUGUACAGGAAGAUGGACGGCCAUCAACGCCUUCAUGGCAUGCGCCAGGAGCUGUUGGUUCUCCAAAAGCGCAGCGCAAGCAACGUGAUUGUGGGAUCCAACAACGGCCAGCCCGUGUGGGACUAUGCGCCAGCUCGUGUUGAUGCAAACGCCCAUGGUGUGCAUCCGCACAAGACGUGCGGACGCCACAAGCGGGUGGUUUGGCUGAAGGGUGUGUGCAAGCACCACUUGGAAAGCAAGUGCACCGGACAUUGGAAGGGACAGCCUUGCGCGUACCCUCAUCUCAACAACCCAGAUGUCCUCGGGACAAUCGUGGAGCUAUUGGACGAUGCAGAUGAUUUAGCCUCCAUGAAGAACCCGCGCCUGCUUUUCCGCAGCUCGAAGGGAAGCCUGGCCUGA